AAUUCCCCCCUUUUUCCAUCUCUUUCUCCUUCCUUCCUUCUUCUUCUUCUUCCUCUUCCUCUUCCUCUUCCUCCCCUCGCGGUUAGGGUUUCUUCUUCAUCCCUUCCCAUGUUGCAGAAACCCCGGCCCGUUUCUUCUUAAUUCUCAAUCUCAAUCUCUGUCUCCACCGCUGUAGGGCUUUUUCAUGGCUCCAAUUACCUUUUCUCUGGCCUCGCGUUGGGUUCAGAUGUUCUGUAGAUUCUCUCAAUCUUGACUUCACUUCGAAGGCAUUGAAUCGAUCAAUAUUUGAUAAAUCUGUUUCUUGAGCCAAGUGAAACAUGUACAGUGAAGGAGCCACCCCUGAGUUUAUUUUUGAUCAGGGUGUUUAUUAUCCUACUGCCGCCAAUUAUGGUUAUUACUGUACAGGAUUUGAAUCACCUGGCGAAUGGGAGGACCAUUCUCGGAUUUUUGGUUUAGAUGGUCCAGAUAUCCAAUACGCAGGUGCUCAAAAUGAGAAUUCAUCUUAUGUAUAUUAUACGCCAAGCUAUGGAUAUGCACAGUCUCAAUACAACCCGUAUAAUCCUUACAUACAUGGUGCUGUGAUAGGACCAGAUGGUUCAUAUCUAGGGGCCCAACAAUAUUACACCAUUCCUUCUUACGACAGCUCCGUGUCUUCUCCUGCUUAUGUCCCUGUUAUUGUCCAGCCAGAUAUUGUCCCCAAUAGUUCCAUCGGCUUGAUUGACCCUUCAAUCAAUAGAUCGAAUGGAAAUGGAAGAAUACAAAAAAACGAGAGUUCUGGAAGCUAUUCUAGUAACCCCUCCAAACCUGCUGUAGACCAGAGAAAUUCUUUUGCAAGGUUAUCAGAAGUGCCAAGAGCAAAUGUUGGUCCAAGUAAGCAAAGUUCAACACUUGGUAGCAUUUCUGCUGGUAGUCAUGCUGGAUCAGUUUCAUCACGUGUUUUUCAGGGUAGGGGUGCUUAUGGUUCACUUCAACCAGUAGAUGACAUUUCAAAUGGAAAGGUUGUGUCUCAACAUAGUCAAUUGAGAGUACCACGUCCUAUCAAUAAUGCCUUUUCUGACUUUCGAUCAAGUGCUCAUGGACAGGCUGUGAUCCCUAAACAUCAGCCUAAGGUUCAAGUUGGUAGAGUUCUGGAUAGUGCAAAUGCUAAUCCAGAUGCUUUAAGUGAGCAGAAUCGAGGUCCUAGAAUCAGCAGAUCUAAAACCCAACUGGUUUUGAAGGCCUACACAACCAAGGCUGGAGAUGGUAAUGCAGAUGGAAACAUUAUUAUCUACACAGAUCAAUAUAAUAAGGAUGAUUUUCCUAUUGAAUAUGCGGAUGCAAAAUUUUUUGUAAUAAAAUCUUACAGUGAGGAUGAUGUUCACAAGAGCAUUAAGUAUAAUGUUUGGUCGUCUACUCCCAAUGGGAAUAAGAAACUGAAUUUUGCAUACGAAGAUGCACAGAGAAUAGUUUCAGCAAAAUCAAGAAGCUGUCCUGUAUUCCUUUUUUUCUCUGUCAAUGCUAGUGGUCAGUUCUGUGGUGUAGCAGAGAUGGUUGGCCCUGUGGACUUCAACAGGGAUAUGGAUUUCUGGCAGCAGGAUAAAUGGAAUGGAAGCUUCCCUGUUAAGUGGCACAUUAUCAAAGAUGUGCCAAACAACUACUUUAGGCAUGUCAUUUUGGAGAAUAAUGAGAACAAACCUGUUACUAAUAGCAGAGAUACUCAAGAGAUACCGUUUAAAAAAGGUCUGGAGAUGCUAAAAUUAUUCAAGAGUCAUACAGUAAAGACCUCUUUACUCGACGACUUCAUUUAUUAUGAAAACCGUCAGAAGAUCAUGCAGGAGGAGAAAGCGAGGUUGGUUAUUAGAAGGCUUGAGCGCCCAUAUUUUGUACCUGCAUUAGAUCAUAGUCGACAGCUAAGUUGUGUUAUUGAGCUGCCUUUGAGAGACGAUAAGAACCUCAACAAGACCAACGAUGGUUCGAGGGUGUUGGAAUGGAGUGUAGCCUCGAGAGCUGAGCAGCAGGUCUACUCAAAUCCUGGCAAUACUGGUGCUGUAGUAGUGAAGGAAAAUCCCCCCAAGCAUGAUGAUGACGAAAAAGUUGAUGUUUCGUCGACUCUGAAGAUGGAAUCACUUGAAAUUGGCCAGAAAGUGGCUGAGAAGCCUUUGGAGGGUGCCACACCAGGUGCUGCGAGUGAUGCAAACUCCAAGCACGCUGAAGUUGUCACUGUAGGCUCAAUGCCAAUCGAAGUUAAUGGAUAUAACACUGAACCUUCUGAUGUUUUGACGGUUGGAACCAUUCCGCUCGAUCCUAAAGCUCUGCAGCUUUGCAAAGAAGAUGCAGUUCUCAAAAAUGGGGCUCAACAAAACUGAUGGAAAUAGUCGAAACGGUAUACUGGAAAAUUUCGGGCGGCCUUAGACGCUAUUAUCGCGAUUGUUUUCGUUUAUUUGGCCAAUGUUGUGAUGUAGUAGUUGGUGGUGGUUUGCUGGGUUUCUUCUUUGUGGCAUGUUGAUGUUUUACUAAAGCAAUUGAAAUUUCCAAAUGUAUUAUCAGCCGCUUCAUCAUUUCCCCAUACAUCUCAAAUAUAAUGUUGUGAAAAUUUGUUUUGAAGUUGAACUA